AUGUGCUCGGUGGUCGUGCGGCAGGAGGCGUUUCCGAUGGCAAAUGUACCGGCGGCGUUGCUGUUCGAGCAGCACCUCCUAUCAGCAGAGUCGCAGGCCUAUAUCCACAGCUUUCGGGACCACGGGCACGACGGACAGCUCUGGUUCCCACGAGCGGUGGACAAUAUCGGACAUCCGCUGUAUCCUCCGUACCCGGGCGAGGAUCCAGAUGGAGCGAACUUUACCGUGACCUCGCUUCCGGGGAGAGGCAUGGACGUGACGCUGAGUGUCGAUGCAGCGCGCUUCGCCGGGUCGCCUCUUCACAUGACGACGCGCUGCUACAAUGGCUCCUUUCCCGGGCCGGUGCUGCGUGUGCGGCGAGGCGAUCACGUUCAGAUCCAUCUCGUGAACAACCUACUGGCUAGCGGUGGCCACGGUGAUGACCUGAACAGGACGAACCUGCACUUGCAUGGCAUGCACGUACCAGCCACUCCUUACGAGCAAGCAUCCAACUCAUGUGGAGACAACCUCCGCUGUAUCGUCGAGCCUCAGCACACGAUUACGUACCGGCACAGGGUAGAUGACGACCACCCGUCGGGUACCUUCUGGUAUCACCCACACCCGCACGGCACCUCAGCGCUGCAGGUCGGUGGGCUCAUGGCCGGAAUGUUGAUUGUUGAGGACGAGCCCGAGGAGACGCCGCUGGCGGCGAUGGUGGAGGUGCUCCUAGUUUUGCAGAUGCAGCAUUGGCACUCGCUCGGUGUCGCAACGCACGACACAAUCCACGCGCAGCUGCACGAUGCUCUCGACAUGGACGUUAGCGGCGGCCCCCCAGCGAAUUACAUCCUCGCCAACGGGCAGUUCAAGCCGAGCGUCUCUCUCUUGGCCAACCAGUACACCCGGUUUCGCGUGCUCAAUGCUAACGCAGUGGCGACGUUUGAGCUCGAACUCACACGUGGCAGUCACUGCAGCAUGGACGUGCUGGCUAUGGAUGGAGUCUACCUCGCACGGCCAGCGCGCGUCACCCACGCCCUGGAGGAUCUACGGCUUGGCACACCCGACGAGACAUCCACCAUCACUCUCGGCGAUGGGCCCAACAGCGACGCGUAUCAGAUAACGAUCAACGGGCAUGUCUACAACGAUUCCUCUCCAGGCAACACGCAAGAGAUUCGGUUGGGCGCUCUGCAAGAGUGGCGCAUCCGCGUGGGUGGCGCGAGCAUGCAUCCGUUCCACGCUCAUCGGAUCCACUUCCUUGUCGUCUCGGUGGAUGGGCCGGCGGAGUAUGGGGCUUUGGUCGGCGUCGGUCAGUGGCGCGACACCAUUCCGAUCCCCGCCACGAAUAGUGGGGCCGUGAUUGUGACGGUUCGCUUCCGGGCACAGCGUCACUGUGGUGAUCUGCCGUUUCACUGUCACAUCUUGCACCACAGCGACCUGGGGAUGGCGGCCCGGCUGGCGGUCGUCGGGACGGCGGCGUCGAAAUGCCUGCAGCCAGCAGUGGACACCGCAGCAUCCCAAUACUGUGGACGCGGCACUCAUUGGUGCGCCGAGGCACAGCGUUGCAUUGCGGACUUGCUGACUGAUCACGUGCUGUCGCGAGCGGUUUCGGUGCUGCUGCUGCUCGUGACGUUGCCACUGAGCCAGUGCGGCAUCUAUUGGAUGCCUACCUAG